CACUGCUCCCUCAGAUACUCUAGUCUGAAAGUGUAACCAGUCACAAUCGUUACUCCAUUAAUAUCAUGUCAGGCUUUCACCACUGGCCGGGUAACGGAGCAUCUAACUCAGAGCCUGACCAUCAUGCUGUCGGAGAGAUGUUUCAGUGUAUGUGGGAUGUUGGACAUGGAUUGCAUUGCAACGCCUUGAUUCGCGGCCACAAACUCUCCGCUCACCUGCGUGAGGCUCAUGGAAUUCGCGGGUCAGACAAAGAUCGCUUUUGGUGCCUAUGGAAUUCUUGUAAUAGGGAGUUCAACAAGGAGAGUCUUUCGAGGCACGUUGAGGAAGUUCACAUGGUGAUUUCGUACGGGUGCGGGUGCGGAAAAACAUACUCGCGCCGAGAUACUCUCAACAGACACGCGAGAACAUGUCCUUAUGCUGGUCAGCAUUAAAUAGGGAGUCUUUUGACAUAGGAUCCCGUGCUAUUUAUCUUCUAUCCAUUGACUUCAAUUAGAGCUUCUGUUAUCUAUGUUGUGUACGAUCCGAUGUACUUACUGGUUUCCUGUAUAUUAUUUGCCCUGGUGGUAACAUAUUUUAGUUCAAGUACGAAACCCAUUCUGAAUCAUAAAUCGUACAUAGCAGUUUGUCAAUUUUGCAACACAUGAUGUCUACCCUCAAA